GCAACACAAUCCCCCGACCUAACGUUCACCUUCCUAUUUAUUUCGGAGCUCCGCUUCUCUCUCCUCCCGUGCAUCCGCCGCGGGCCUCCUCCAGUCCUCUUCCUCACCCCGACGACUCCGCCUCAAAUCCAAUCCCACUCCCACCUAGCGGUCCGGCUGGCCUCGCCUCCUCCUCCUCGCUUCUCUCAGCCUCAGGACGACGCCUGCCUAGGCUUCCACCGCUGAUCUGACCCCGAAACCUCGUUCCCUUGUCCGCUUCCUGCCGUCUCAGUCGUCGAUACUUGUCCCCCAAAACCCCGGGCUCCGGCCGAUCUCUGCGCGUUGACCGGGGCGCCGCUGAUGGUGGCGAGGAUGAUGCGGUGGCCGCGGCCGCCGGCGGCGCGCAAGUUCCGCGUGCGGCUGUUGGUGCGGCGUGCGGAGGGGCUCCCGCCUCCUUCACCUUCGCCUUCGCCGUCGCCCUCGCCCGCGACAGCGGCCUCGCCGGAGCGCGAGCCGCCGGGCGCCGCGCAGCCCAGGGCCGCCGUCGCCGCGGAGGUGAGGUGGAAGGGGCCCAGGGCCUCCGCGCUCGGCUCGCUGCGGCGUGCCGCGGUCAGGCGCAACCGCACACGGGAGGACGCCGGCGCGGCGUGGGAGGAGGAGUUCGAGAGCGUCGUCACCCUCGCGGCCGCGUCGCAGCGGGAGGGCGCCGCGUUCCACCCAUGGGAGCUCGCCUUCUGCGUCUUCAGCGAUAUUAACAAAGGCCCAAAGAACAAACCAUCAAUUCUGGGAACUGCUUCUCUCAAUCUAGCAGAUUAUGCAUUGACGGCUGGAGAGACAAUUGAGAUAAUUCUUCCGUUGUCUAUACCUGGUGGUGCACCUGAACGAGCCUCAUCCCUUCAUCUCACUCUGAGUAUGGUUGAAUUAAGAGCUUUUCAAGAAACAUCUGAUGCAUCACAGCGAUCUGCUGCAACCUUGCCAUUGUCCCCAUCAUCUGGCGAUUCUUUUCCUGGAGGAAAAGAUGAGGUUUCGGUUAUUAAAGCAGGGUUGAGGAAGGUAAAAAUUCUCACAGAUCUGGUGUCGACACGAAGGCCUAAGAAGACUUGCCAGGCAGGUGGCGAAGAUAAGUUUUGUGUUAACAGUGAUGGUGCUGAAUAUCCAUGUGAUACUGAGUCUCUUGAUGACGAUCUAGAUGACAGAGUAGAGGAAGAUGAAUUUGGAGAUUCAACUAUCAGGAAGUCUUUCAGUUAUGGGUCUCUGCAAUCUGUCAACUAUGUUGGUGGCCUAGUUUAUGCCCAUGCAAAGAUUGAUGGGGAGCAUGAGGACUGGAUAUAUUAUAGUAACCGAAAAACUGAUGUCGGUUUCCAAGUAGAGAAAGUAUUGCCAUCAACCACAGAGAAUGGGUUGCUAACUGCUAAGCGCAGUAUACUUCCUUGGAGAAAGAGGAAACUGAGUUUACGGUCGCUGAAGGCUAAAGGUGAACCUCUGUUGAAAAAGGCAUAUGGGGAAGAGGGAGGUGAUGAUAUUGACAAUGAUCGACGCUUGCUAACAUCAUCUGAUGAAUCUGUUUCAGAGGGAUCAAGAGGAGAUGGAUCAGCAAAUACUAUGGUGUCAGAAUUUGGUGAUGACAAUUUUGUCAUUGGAAAUUGGGAGUUGAAGGAGAUAAUUAGCCGCGAUGGCCGUAUGAAGCUUUCAUCCCAGAUGUUCUUUGCAUCAAUAGACCAGAGAAGUGAGCGAGCAGCUGGGGAGAGUGCAUGUACAGCACUUGUGGCUGUUAUUGCAGACUGGUUCCAAGCAAAUCAGAAUAUCAUGCCUAUCCAGUCACAGUUUGACAGCCUUAUCCGUGAAGGAUCACUAGAGUGGAGAAACCUUUGUGAGAAUGAGACGUAUAGAGAGCGUUUUCCUGACAAGCACUUUGAUCUUGAAACUGUCCUUCAUGCCAAGAUUCGCCCGCUGACAGUUUCCCCCAGCAAAUCUUUUAUCGGAUUCUUCCAGCCCGAAGGCGAUGAUGACAUGAGUGGUUUUGACUUCCUUAAUGGUGCCAUGUCAUUUGACAACAUCUGGGAUGAGAUUGCCCAGGCGGCAGAGUUCUCAUCCAGUGAUAGCCCUAACUUAUACAUAGUAAGUUGGAAUGACCACUUUUUUCUACUCAAGGUUGAGCAUGAUGCAUAUUACAUUAUCGAUACCCUUGGAGAAAGGCUCCAUGAAGGGUGCAGCCAGGCAUACAUUUUGAAGUUCGACAAGAAUACGACAAUUCACAAGGUACCUGGGGAAAAGAAAUCUUGUAGCCCCGACUCAAGUGGACCAAUGAAGGAUUCUUCAGGUUCUGAGAGCUCUACGACUGACCAGGACAGUGGGAAUGAUACUGAAGAGGAGGUGCUUGUGUCGAAGGGCAAAGAAUCAUGUAAAGAGUACAUCAAGAGUUUCUUGGCAGCCAUACCAAUCCGGGAACUACAGGCGGACAUCAAGAAAGGACUGAUGGCAUCAACCCCAUUGCACCACCGCCUCCAGAUUGAGUUCCAGUACACCCAGUCGUCCCCAAAAGAGACUGCAUCAGCCACUCAGCUUCUUACCAUGGAGGCCCCCUUUGAGUUCUCAUGGCCUGAGGCACCGCCAACAAUGGAAGUCACACUAACAUCUGCCGUCUCUGUUGUGUAGCUUGUCACCCUGGUGGCGAAGAACCCAAAGACAUGAGACAACGGCCUGCCCUGAUGUUCGGCAUGGAGAACCCUUUUUUCCUUGGUUCCCUGCAUGGAGGGGGAGCCUAGAUGAAGAUUUUGGUUCUUCUGUUUGUACUAAUUUGUUUAAUAUGAACUGACUACUACGGGUUAUUCCUCCUGGGCGUAGGAGCGUUCUACCUGCUUUUUUUUAGAGGUAUCUUCCCUCACCUGCUCGCUUGUAAUCUUUUGGAACCCUGUAUGACUAAUCGAGGAGGAAUUCCCCUUUGUUAUAAUGAACUAGAUGCCGGCUUAUCUGUAGAUGUAACAUGAUAAUAUGGUGCCAACAAGCAAGAAGCUACGAGUUAUGAAUCUGCUAGUUACAAGCAGCAUAUGUUUCUCA